AUGACUGAUGCACAGGUCCUGUUCAAUGAGAACUCCACAGAGCUCGCUCUCGACAACCACACGCAGACCUUGCAGUACAUCCAGGACGCAGUCAUCCCCAACAUGCUGGGGCCGCUCGACGUCUCCAUCGACCACUACUUGAAGGUGAACAAGAACAACAACAUAAAGAAAAGCGUCCGCAGGACGCUGCGCUCGCUCAGCGACAGCGCCAGCACGCUCUGCAUCUACUCAUACGGAAAACAUAUACAGAAACUGCUCUCCAUCCUGCAGAUUACGUCUGCAAGGCUCCCAAAGGGAACGAAACUACAGCAAUGGAACAAACUGUCGUCAUUCACACAGAUAAAACACAAGCAUGGCAACGAAUUGAUAGACGACAAGAUCACCAUCCCGAUUUUCAUCACUGUGGUCACCACGGGAGACGCACAGUUGGAUCCAUUGUACUCUGCAAAAUUCACAAAGCAAUAG